AUGGGUGCAUUUCCUGGAUUUGGCAUCUGGAUCAAUCAGAACACUCAACAGCCUCCUAAGGCCGAGUCCAAGAGAUCUGAGAAUGGUAAAUCUAAUUCAGAGCCACCAAAAGAUGAUUUCAAGUAUUAUGACAUAGCGGAGGUGAAGAGGCAAAUAGAACUUUGGAUGGCUGCCGAGAAGAAGCAUCCUUGGUAUGAUGCCCCUCCUAAGGUGACAACAAAAAAGGGUCUUUGCCAUAUGAAGAUAGAACUGACAAUUGGAUUGCCUCCUGAAUCAGUCUUCGACAGGUUCACUAAUCCAACCAACCUACCAUUCUUCUUCCAAAUCGACGAAUCUGAUCGCCAACUUCUGGAAAACAAAUCAAGAAAAGUUUUGAAGAAAGAUGGACCGAGGGAGAUUGCAAAGACGGAGAAAGCUGUUGCUGUGGACGUCCUUUGGUGGUCUGGAUCUAUCCCAAUAACACUAAUUGUCUAUGAAAACCAAAAAGAUCUUACCGCAAAAUAUAAGAAAGAGAGAAUGAUGUUUAUGAAAGUGUUCGAGGGUAGCUAUAAAGUGGAACCACUGUACGUAGAUUCAAAACGCUUGUGCAAGAAUAUCGUGCCGAAGAGUCCAAAAGAAUAUAAAAGGUGUAGUGGAGGACAAGGAAAAAUUGCAUCCAAAGUGACAAUGGACCAAUACUUUCAACCAGAUUUUCCUCUUAAUCUCCCACCGUUUUCUUGGUACAUCCGUGAAAUCACCAUCAACACCACCAAGACUCUGCUUAAAAUGCUUCAAAAUUCGAGCAUAUCGAAUCGAGAGACCGAGUCAAAGAGAUCUGAGAAUGUGAAAUCUAAGUCAGUGUCAGAUAUUAACACCAACAAGGAGAGUGAAGAAACGAAGAAGCAGUUAAAACUUUGGAGAGCUUCAGAGAAAGAGUACUCAUGGCAUGAUUGGCCUGCUAAGGUGAAACAAACAAAAGAGGGUGAAACCCUAAUGACCAUGCAAUUUAGAAUAGGAUUGCCUCCUGAAACCGUCUUCGAUGUUUUAACUAGUCACAACAAUCAAGCAUACCUCAACACCAUUAAAAACCGCAAAGUCCUGGAAACCAUAUCAAAAAAGGUUAUUAGCGAUAAUGGACCAAAAGAGAAGAUGGUGGAAGUGGAAAAAGCUGCGACCUGGAAGUUCCUUUGGUGGUCUAAAUCUGUCCCAGUACCUCUAGUUUUCAAUGAGAGGCGAAAAGAUUUCAGCGCAAUAUAUGAGACUUCGAAAGAGAAGGCAAUGUUCAUGAAACCGUUUGGGGGUAAGUGGACAAUAGAACCAGAGUAUAUACAUAACGAUAAAUAUUGCAAGCCUAGGCUACCGAGUAGUAUGGAAGAAUACAGAAAAUGUACCGGAGGAAAAGGAUUGGUUGCGUCGAAAGUGACAUUACAACAGUUUUUUGAACCUCUUUUUCCAUUGAAUCUGCCACCGGUUUCUUGGUACAUUCGAAGUGUCGUCGUCAAGAAAACCAAGACUAUUAUCGAAAAUCUUUAA